UCAGCAAGAGGGUUUAUUAUCAGGAUACACAGGCACCUGUGGGCACUUCAGUCAACUCGGGGGACUGGCGCGCCCCGCGGUACCAGGGACGGGUUUUUUAUAGGGUUCUGGGGAGCAGAAGCAAGCAUACAGAAGCAGAUGCAUGGUUACAGGAACAUAAUUGGUGGAUUCUAAUGAGGCGAGGGUUCAGCCCAGGGGCAAGUUCCCUGGCCGCCUUCCUGGAACAUAACGGCUGACUCCACCCUCCACUAGGGUGUUGACCUCUCCCAGGGCUUUCCAUCUCCCCCUUUUGCUGCCAGGCGCUCAACCACAAACAUCCUGUUUGGCAGCCGCCAUGUUCUCAGUGUUCUGACCCUUCCCUGAACCAGUCAUCUAAGUACAGCCUUGCAAAAUGGCGUUACUGCUGCUAAGCUGGGGUCUCUCAAGAGGAAAAGGGACUAAGCCGAGUUGGGCAAUGGUGGAGCAGGGCUUUAACCCAGCAGUUAGGAGGCAGAGGCAGGCCGGUUUCUGAGUUCAUGGGCAACCUGGUCUACAGAAUGAGUUCCAGGACAGCCAAGGCUACAGACCACAAGAAAACCUGUUUCAAAAAACAAAAGAAUAACAAUACACAUGUGCGCACAUACACUCAUACAACAAACAAAAAAGAAAGAACGAAAGAAGAAAAAGGGGACCAGGAAUUGGAAGCAUUGGUUUAAUCUUGGCACUAUUGAUAUUUUAGAUCAGGCCUUGAGAAACAAACAACAAGAACCAGAACAAAACAAAACAAAAAAAAAUCCAGGGCUUUCUAAGGCAACAGUCACAUAGAGUGGCUGUCAAGAUUUUAUGUUAACAAAAUCAGCUUUUAAAAGAGUUUUCCUUGAAGGAAUGUUAGAAAGGACUGAAAGAGCUUGAGGGACUUGAGACCCCAUAUGAACAACAAUGCCAACCAACCAGAGCUUCCAGGGACUAAGCCACUACCCAAAGACUAUACAUGAACCGACCCUGGACUCUAACCUCAUAGGUAUCAAUGAAUAGCCUAGUAAGAUCACCAGUGGAAGGGGAAGCCCUUGGUCCUGCCAAGACUGAACCCCCGGUGAACGUGAUUGUUGGGGGAGAUGGCGGUAAUGGGGGGAGGAUGGGGAGGGCAACACCCAUAUAGAAGGGGAGAGGGAGGGGUUAGGGGGAUGUUGGCCCGGAAACCAGGAAGGGGAAUAACAAUUGAAAUGUAAAUAAGAAAUACUCAAGUUAAUAAAGAUGGGGAAAAAAAGAGUUUUUCUUUUAUGUGUAUGAGUGUUUUGCCUGCUCUAUGUCUCUGCAGCUUGUGUGUUGGAUCCCCUCACUGUUUCUUAUGGCCAUGUGAGUUCUGAGCAUUCUGGGUCCUCUGAAAGAGCUGCCAGUGCUACAUGAUUAGCCACCCCUCCCGCCCCAGAAAGUCCAUUUAAAAAAAUGCCUGAAGGCUGUUAACGUAGGGCACUGCCGUACCAACAGGAAUAGAAUCCAACAAUUCACCAAAGGGAGUCAGUCAGUGGGGACAAAUGAUCAGUCAAUUGUGCUAUGUGGGUAUCUCAGGCUAUGUAGUAUUCCGACCACAAUCUCACUAACAGAGUGUCUAAGCCCAGCAAUUUCAGUCACAAAGCUAAAGCUAAGACAGAAGAAGAAUUCAAAUUCAGGUAGUGAAAGGGGACGGAGAGAAUAGGGGCUGGAUUCAUAGUUUCAAUGUCAAGAACAUAUUUCCAAUAAUAGGAGCAAGGUAGGACAGAGAGGCAGGUGCUUGCCCUCCUCGAUCCCUAUCAGUUUUUCUUGCCCUUCUCUCCUCCUGGAACUUCUGCCUUCACCUUGCUUCUCCUUACGGGUGCUCCUGGGGAGGAGGAAACUUGUGCUACUGCACCUGGCUACUAAGCAGGCUCUUUCAGAAAUCCUACUUUACAUCCAAAUUUGUCUUAACUUAUAUCCACACCAGGGUAUGAGAGUAUCCACAUUAUUCUCACCAAUGUCAUUCAUCCAUAAAUUAAGCAAAUUGGUAAUGUAGAUUUAUGGAGAAUAAUACACUGUUUCUGUUUCGUUAUUAACUUUGAACAUGAAUAAAAUGUGGUGGACAUUUAUGCUAUUGUGUGAAUUUAUUUGCAUAUACUCUAAAGUGUUGGCGUCUUGUUCAUUUUAAAAUAACUCUUAUUUGUCCUUACAUUGUACUAUAUAAAUACUUUUGCCCCUAAUUUGUAUGCAUGAGCCCCUGCUUCUGAAUUAAGGGUCCAAAAAGACGAUGGCCCAUUUUAUCUGUGGACAGCGUCCAACGUAUAAAAGAGAAAACACACACUGUACUUUGCAGAAUUAUUCUUAAGAUUAGCUAAUGAAAGCAAAGCAUCUCUUUUGUAUUGUCACAGAACAUGUCAAUCAUUUUAUACAACCAAAAAGUUUUGCUCUUGAUCUAAAAUCACACAAUUCCACUUUAGAGUUUAGAAACACUAGAACUAGAGAUCCAUAAUCUCUGAAAGAUAAACAAUGGUUGGCAAUUACUGAACUGAGGAUGUGAGCUCUGAUUGUUAAGUCUCUGAUCCCAAAUCACAGCGAUAAGGCUUGCAAUCAGCUUGCGCCAGUUGUCCCCAAGCAGGUCCGGUUACUAAUUUCUUCUCGCUUUGAAUUUUAGAACUUGUGGUGAAAAGGACGAAAGGCCGAAGUAGAGAGAGCACAGGUGUCCCGCAUCUCCUUCAGAGAGGUUAGCUGGCUUCUGAUUUUAGACAGCAGCUGCUCUGGAGGCUACAGCGGGUUGGAAAUGCAGAAGUACAGCCAGAAGGGUAGGGCGGGCUCUGUCGCUCCGCUCGCGCGCGGAUCAGCAUUUGGAGGUGAAAUACAGUGUCCGCCGCUGGUUUUGGCCGGUGCAAACCCGAGCGCCGCGUCAGUUGAGCUGUGGUGUGUGUGAGUCGCCCCCUGAGGCCAGCAGCAGAGCGUUCUUUGGACAGCGUCCGAGCGCAGGAUUCCAGCGGGGAGCAGAGUCGCUCCGCCACUUCCGGCGCGCCCUUGGGCCUGGGCUCGGACCCGAGCAGCACGCACGCGCAGAGAUGAGGCUCCUGGAGGGGGUGUGGCAGCGAGAAGCAUUCUCUGCGCCUGCGCCCCUCUGUGGUAGGUCGGCUGGGGACGAGAUCUGUGUCGGCGUCGGGUUGUCCUAGGUGUUGUGGCCGGGUUACCCUGCACGCCUCACUGCGGCGUCGCGUCGAGUCCCGGAGAGCUCGGCGGGGUGGGGAGACAUAAAAGAAUUAAACUGUGAGUAAGCCCGCAGGGAGGAUGGACAGUUACUUUAAAGCAGCUGUCAGUGACUUGGACAAACUUCUUGAUGAUUUUGAGCAGAACCCAGAAAAACAAGAUUACUUCCAAGAUGUGCAGGAUGUUUAUGCUUUUAACCAGUGUUCAGUUUCUUCAGAGUUGGCCUCUCCACAGCUAGCUUUACUGUCAAAGGACCAAAGAUGCAUUAGUAGUCAUGCCUCAUCAGAAACAUGCUGUGAAGCAAAUGAGACUUUUCUCCAAGGAAAGAUACCUGAGGGGUUAACCUCUAAACAGAAUGAAAAAAACGUAGCGGGACUUGAUCUUCUUUCUUCUGUGGAUGCUAGUACUUCAGAUGAGAUCCAGCCUUCAUGUAUGAGACGAUGUAGUAAGCCUGUCUGUGACCUGAUAAGUGACAUGGGUAACUUAGUACACGCCACCAGUAGUGAGGAAGACAUUAAACAGUUAUUGCCAGAUGACUCGAAGUCUCCUGCAGAUACUUUGAUCACACUGGACUCAUCUUCAGUUUCAGAGGUUUUGAUCGGAUUGGAUUUGUCUUCAGUUUCAGAUACUCUCGCUGUUUCUUCAGUAGACGGUGGUAGUCAGGCUGUCAGGAAAGAGCAGGAUACCAACGCUGGUGUGCAAAGCAGAGAUAACAGUAGGAUCCAAGAAUCGGGUGCAGAAGUGGACAUGGCACUUUCUGAUUCUUGUAAAUAUAGUAGAACAGAAAAUUUAAAGGAUAAAAUGAUUUCUAAUGAGUUAGAAACAGUUGAUUUUGGCAUGCCAUCUGUUUUGACUGAACAGAGUUCAGAAAUGUCCAAUACCAAAGAUAGCCCACAAUACCAGAGGCUGCCAUGUGAGCUGUUAAAAGAUGACGGUGAUUUGGCAGAAGAGAAAGUAGGCAUGGCAGGCAAUAGUACAAAGUGUUUAGAAGAAGGAGGUAACAUAAUUGCUAUGCCUUGCAAGCUUCCAAAAAAUGAAGAGAUAUCCCCAAAUGACCCAACUUCAAAAGAUGAAAACUUCAAGUUACCUGACUUUUCUGUCCAGGAAAGUAGAACUGCUGUGUUCAUAAAGCAGACUGUGGCAGAGGACUCGGUAAAGUCAGACCUUAAAGAUAAUAAUGAUGUCGUCCAAGUUUCUUCUUCAUCUCUACAUGUUUCGAGUGAUGGUGUGUCCCCUUCACUGUCCUGUCUUUCAUUGUCUGGGUCUUUGUGUGGAUCCUUAGUUGACUGUAAUGCACAUGGUGAUUUUUUACCCUCUGAUGAGUCUAAAGGUCAGAACAAUGACGCAGUAACUGCACAUGAGGAGAUACAGAAGAGUGCCGCUUUAGAUGGGGAGACAGAUCUCCUGAAGAAGGAAAAGCAGGAAAGCAUGUUUCUUCAGCCAGUAAAUGAUAAGGAAGGGGAUGGAGAGGUUGAACUUGAGGAGAUGGUAAUCAGCGGUGAGCCUUUGGAGUACCCUGAGGGUACCAACCCUGCCGCAGCUGGCUCUCAAAUGGCACCCCCUACUGUGAGUGCCUCAGAGGCUCCUGGUCAGUGCGAAGCUCUCACUUUUUCCAGUGGCGAUAUGGAUGGGCAAGAGUUAGAUUACUUUAAUAUUGAUGAAAGCAUGAGAAGUGGCAUACUGGUUAGCGAUGCUGAACUUGAUGCUUUUCUGAAGGAACAGAGUCUUCAGAACUCUAACACCAUGUCUUUUGGAGAAAAUGCAAGUGAUUCACAAUUGCAGAUGAAUCAGAUAGAUAUGAAAGGAUUAUGUGAUGAAAAUGCUGGUGAUAGAUACUUCAAUGCUGAAGCAGGAGCUGCUGGCGAAAGUGGAGGCGUUGUGAUUUGUGAAACAACUGAUAAAGAAAACACAGUACAAAAUGGUGGUCUUUCUGUAGGAGAAAAAAGCGCAAUUCCAACGGAAAGAGGGUUAUCUGCUAGUCAGCCUGACAUACGGAGUGAAGUGCCAGUCCCCAGUAUUAACACCCAGGCUGUCGGAGGAGCUAGACCUAAGCAGCUGCCGAGUCGUCCACCAGGAACAAGCAGUUCACAGGGACCGAGUAAGCCACAUGUUGUAGGUGUGCCAGCAGGCGAGCCAAGCACAGCAAAUGCUGCUGCUGCACCCACUCGCCCUGCAGAUCAUACACCUGAUUCUCAGGUUAGCUUCAACUCCAAUUAUAUCGACAUAGAAAGUAAUUUCGAAGGUGGAUCCAGUUUUGUAACAGCAAACAAGGAUUCACUGCCUGAGAAUAUACGGAAAGAAGGCUUGGUUUUGGGCCAGAAACAACCUACGUGGGUUCCUGAUUCAGAAGCUCCAAACUGUAUGAACUGCAAAGUCAAAUUCACUUUUACAAAACGGCGACACCACUGCCGAGCUUGUGGGAAAGUAUUUUGUGGUGUCUGUUGUAACAGGAAAUGUAAGCUUCAGUAUCUAGAAAAGGAAGCAAGAGUGUGUGUGAUCUGCUAUGAGACUAUUAAUAAAGCUCAGGCAUUUGAAAGGAUGAUGAGUCCAGGUGGUGCUUGUCUUAAGUCUAAUCAUUCUAAUGAGUGUGUCACUGCCCAGCCACUUCAGGAGACCCAAACGUCCAGCAUACCUUCACCUACAGCUUUGCCCAUCUCAGCACUGAAACAACCAAAUGUCGAAGGACCAUGUUCCCGAGAACAGAAGAGAGUAUGGUUUGCAGAUGGCAUACUGCCGAAUGGUGAAGUUGCAGAUACUACGAAAUUAUCCUCUGGAAGUAAAAGGUGUUCUGAUGACUUUAGUCCUGUCUUACCUGAUGCGCCCACAGUGAUAAAUAAAGUGGACCAUACCCCCUCUCCUAUGGUGGAGAAAGCAAACAACAGUGUAGGAGACGUUCUAAGAAGUGAGAUAACUCAGAGUCCGAUUUGUCGUGCUGCACCUCUGGAAAUACUGCCUGGGAGCACAGGCGCUGAAGGCUUGCCCACAGCUGGCCCUUUCACACUAGAAGAUGAUGUUUUUGUGGACAGUGAGGAGCCAUCUACUCCUACUGUUGUCCCUGCUAAUACUGGUUUGCCUGUUGCUAGUGUUUCAGACUAUAGGUUAUUGUGUGGUGUUGCCAAAUGUGUCUGCAAUAACAUUAGUCUUCUACCAGAUGACGAUGUUGGUUUGCCUCCCCUUCUGGCCACAUCUGGAGAAGAUGGAUCAGUGCCUGUAGUACAAGAACAUCCAUCUCAUGAGCAGAUCAUUUUGCUUCUUGAAAGUGAAGGAUUUCCUCCUGCCACAUUUGUUCUAAAUGCAAACCUACUUGUGAAUGUCAAGUUGGUAUUUUAUUCCUCAGAUAAGUAUUGGUACUUCUCAACCAAUGGAUUGCAUGGUUUGGGACAGGCAGAAAUUAUUAUCCUGUUGCUAUGCUUGCCAAAUGAGGAUACAGUUCCUAAGGACAUCUUUAGACUAUUCAUCACCAUAUAUAAGGAUGCUUCGAAAGGGAAGUACGUAGAAAACUUGGACAAUCUGACCUUUACUGAGAGUUUUCUCAGUAGCAAGGAUCACGGAGGGUUCCUAUUCAUCACACCUACCUUUCAGAAACUUGACGAUCUCCCAGUACCAAGGAGCCCUUUUCUCUGUGGCAUUCUCAUCCACAAGCUGGAGAUUCCCUGGGCAAAGGCUUUCCCUAUGCGUCUCAUGUUGAGAUUAGGCGCAGAAUACAAAGCAUAUCCUGCUCCUCUAACAAGUGUCAGAGGCAGGAGACCGCUUUUCGGAGAAAUAGGACAUACUAUUAUGAACUUACUUGUUGAUCUUCGAAAUUACCAGUAUACAUUGCAUAACAUCGAUCAGCUGUUAAUCCAUAUGGAAAUGGGGAAAAGCUGUAUAAAGAUACCUCGGAAAAAGUACAGUGAUGUAUUGAAGGUAAUAAAUUCUUCUAACGAGCACGUCAUCAGUAUUGGGGCUAGUUUUAGUACAGAAGCAGAUUCUCAUCUGGUCUGUGUACAGAGUGAUGGAGUUUAUCAGACUCAGGCCAACAGUGCCACUGGUCAGCCAAGGAAAGUGACAGGUGCAAGUUUUGUGGUGUUCAAUGGUGCUCUGAAAACAUCUUCAGGAUUUCUUGCCAAAUCCAGCAUAGUCGAAGAUGGCUUAAUGGUUCAAAUAACCCCAGAGACCAUGGAUGGCUUACGGCUGGCUCUACGAGAGCAAAAGGACUUUAAAAUUCAGUGUGGAAAAGUUGAUGCAGUAGACCUGAGAGAAUAUGUGGACAUCUGUUGGGUGGAUUCGGAAGAAAGGAAAAACAAAGGUGUUAUCAGUUCAGUGGAUGGGAUGUCAUUAGAAGGAUUUCCAAGUGAAAAAAUAAAACUGGAAACAGAUUUUGAAACUGAAGAGAAGACUGUGAAAUGCACUGAGGUGUUCUGCUUCCUAAAGGACCAGGAUAUCUCUCUCUCCUCGAGUAGUUACCAGUUUGCAAAAGAGAUCGCCACGGCUUGCAGUGCGGCCCUGUGCCCUCACCUGAGGACUCUAAAGAGUAACAGAAUGAACAGAAUUGGACUCAGAGUUUCUGUUGACACUGAUAUGGUUCCAUUUUGAUUAUCCCAUGAAUCAGCAUCCCAAGACCCCAGCCCCUUGAUUCUCAGAAAAGACAGCAAGCACAAGCAAAGACAAUAAGGUAGCUGGAUGGGAUCCCACCCUGAAAUUACCAUUCCUACCAUGCCUGGGCCUAGACCUGGACCUAAACUCCUUCAGUUCCAGGCUGACCUUGGGUUUAGGAAUCUGCCUGCCUUUGUAAGCAUAAACAAAAAACUUACCUGGGUGGGAUCUUGCCUUGAGAUCACCACUCCCCAAAUCUCUUUAUCUCCUUCCUUAGUAGCUUUCUGACUAGCUGGCUCAUAGUACAGCUGCCUCUGUUCCUUUAGAUCUGUGGAGUUCUUUUUUUUUUUUUUUAAAUAUUUAUUUAUUCAUUAUAUAUAAGUACACUGUAGCUGUCUUCAGACACACCAGAAGAGGGCAUCAAAUCCCAUUACAGAUGGUUGUGAGCCACCAUGUGGUUGCUGGGAUUUGAACUCAGGACCUCGGGAAGAGCAGUCGGUGCUCUUAACCACUGAGCCAUCUCUCCAGCCCUGUGGAGUUCUUUAUACAAUUCAUAGAGAAAUUUUAUAUAUAUAUAUUUUUUUGGGGGGGGGUCUUUUUUUUGGAGCUGGGGACCGAACCCAGGGCCUUGCGCUUCCUAGGUAAGCGCUCUACCACUGAGCUAAAUCCCCAGCCCCGAGAAAUUAUAUAUAUAUAUUUUUUUAAUCAUGUUUUCAUCAUUCUUUCCUAUAGCCUUUUUUAUAGUUGGAAUAUUUUUAUCAUUUAUUUGUAUUUAUUUUUUAUUGGAUAUAUUUUUAUUUACAUUUCAAACGUUAUCCCCUUUCCUGGUUUCUUGGACCUAAGCCCCCUAUCCCAUCCUUCUAUAAGGGUGUUCCCCUCCCCCUCCAUCCCCCCUUCCUGCCCCACCCUGACAUUCCCAUACACUGGGGGUCCAACCUUGGCAGGACCAAGGGCUUCUCCUUCCAUUGGUGCGCAACAAGGCCUUCCUCUGCUAUAUAUGCAGUUGGAGCUGUGGGUCAGUCCAUGUAUAGUCUUUGGGUAGUGGCUUAGUCCCUGGAAGCUCUGGUUGCUUGGCAUUGUUGUUCAUAUGGGGGUCUUGAGCCCCUUCAAGCUCUUCCAGUCCUUUCUCUGAUUCCUUCAACAGGGGUCCCGUUCUCAGUUCAGUGGUUUGCUGCUGGUAUUCACCUCUGUAUUUGACAUGUUCUGGCUGAGUCUCUCAGGAGAGAUCUACAUCUGGUUCCUGUCAGCCUGCAGUUCUAAACUUCAUCCAUCUAUCUAGUUUGGUGGCUGUAUAUAUAUGGGGCACAUGUGAGGCAGGCUCUGAUUGGCCGUUCCUUCAGUCGGUGCUCCAAACUACGCCUCUACAUCCCCUCCUAUGAAUAUUUGUGUUCCCCCUUUUAAGUCACAGCGUAUACUAUUUUUGCUGAGACAUAGACACAUCUUUGCCUCCUGGACUUGUGCUGUCUCUGAUUAUCAUGGAGUCAUUAACCUUGGCAGAGAGGACAUUCCUCAAGAGAGGAACAUGAAAAUAUGUACAUUAUUGUACAAGGAGCUUUGUGCCCACAGCAACCAUCAACUCUUGUGGAGGUCCAUGCCCUGCUGGCUCUGUUCCGGGGCAGAAACCAUGUCAUUCUGUCCCUUAUGAGGCCAAGCAUGCCUCAGCACAGUAGGGUGUGCAGUGUUACCUUAAUGUGCAUCUCUACUCACCAGUACCUACCUAUUCAACAGUGAUAAUCUCUCAGUAGUAGUGACCUUUACAUGGUGUUGUUGUAAAAAUAUAAAAAUAGAAAAGAUUAAUGUCGUCUUUUACCCCGCUAGGUCCGCGCCGCGGUGUCCCAAGGUAUCUGCUAGAUAUCUUAGUGGAAACUCAUCCCAGCCGCACACUUUCCUAUACUCAAACCCUCACAUAAAAGAACACACAACAGAGUAAUCUUAGAUCCAAUUGGUAAGAUAUAAUUGCCCACUUAAACAUACAAAGCCCAGUACCAUCCAUCCCUUGAGAACAUUAAUAACAACCUGUAAUACACAGAGCAGAAUCUUAACACCACCUGCCAUGGCUUCUCCCGUCUCUCCAUCUCCCUUCUCUCUCCUAGUCUCCUCCUCUUCCUUCAAACUUCUCUCCAGCCCAUCCUUCCUUCUCCUCCAAUGACAGGCCUCCUUCUAUCCUGUACCUGCCCCUCACCUGUACUUUACAAAUUCAAUGGAGAGGUGGUUCUGGUGAAGUCACCUGAGUCCUGAGUACGUGACUAGACAGCUGUCUUUGGGGCAGUAGAAUUAACAUCAAAAUACAGUAACUUCAGGGCAAACCACAACAAUGUGGAAACACUUUAUCCUCCCCAGAAUGGCUAGUGAAACCUUGCUUGUAACUUUUGACAUUAUGUAUAAAUUUUCAAGGCAGAGUCUUCAUUAGAACUGGUUUUGUAAGCAGGAGUAGUUGAUGUAUUAGUCUGCUUCUCCAGCAAGCUGUAACUCACACUUCCUACUGAAGAGACACGCUUUGUUUUCAUUACUUCACUGUAAGACCCCUUUUCAAGGCAACUCAGGGAUGAGCAUUGCUUGAGUGAGCACUUUUUCCUUUUAUCAUUAGAUGUAUAAAAAUAGAAACUUCAUCAAUAAUACUAAAUCUUAAUGUCAAAUAGUAUUGCUGGGCCUGUGAGGCAGCUCAGUGGAUAACGUGUGUGCUGCACAAACAUCGGGACCUUAGUUUGGACCCAGCACCCACUCCAAAGCUACGGACAGCAGUGUAGCCUGUAACCCUACUGCUGUGGGCACAGAAGCAAGAGUCCAGGGCUUGCUGCUUUCAGUGUGGCUACAGACAGGGAGACACUGUAUAGAUAAGGUAGAGGCUGAGUAGAAGCCUAGUGAUCCCCGGGGUCAAACCUCUGGACUCGACUUGUGGGCAGAGGGGAAUGCAGCUGCACAGCCGCACACAGCUGCACAUAUAUCUCAUGCAGAACGUAGUACUGCAACAGUUUGAAACACAGUAAGUUGAUUUUUUAAUUCAAAUUGAGUUACAUUGCUAAUUAUUAAAAAACUUUGAUAUAACUUUGAUAUAAUUUACAUAUGUAUUUAGUUGAAAGGAAACAUAAAGUGGUGACAAUAUUUAUAAUGUUAUAAUUAUAGUAAA